ACAAGCCACAGCAGUAUGAAAUUGAAGGGGGAGCAGGCUUUAUGUCAACAUCGCGCUUGUGGUUGCCUCGAUCUGCCAUUGCACGGGAGAAGCCUGGUGCGCCGAUGCCGGAUGCCCCGGGUUCUUCAUCUUCUCAUCCUGCAGAGAAGCCGGUUGCGCGCCGCUCGGACGAGAAGAGGAGCGCCGGCGGCCAUGCUGCUCUCGCCGACCCGGACGAACGGCGGAUUCGUCCAGGUGGGUUCCAAGGCUUCGCCAUGGCUGUUCCUAUUUACAGCAAAUAUAAUCCCCAUGCCCAUGCGCCUGCCUCUUCUUUAUCGUUUGUUAGAGAGCGUCGCGAUUUUUAUUGUGUACUCCCUCGCAAAAACACGAUAGCGCAUAUUUCUUUGCAUUGUGGAUAGCUAUCUAUACUGUGGACUGCUAGUAGGACUUUCGGGCGCCUACACCAGUGAGGAGGAGAUUUGCAUUGUUGUUUGGGCUACUACAGCAGAACGGAAUAUCAACAAAGAACGCCUAGGAUUCUACGGCAUUGGUGCCCGCCGCUUUUCAGUAGGCUCAGUAUCCGCCCAAAAUAAUACUGCUCACGUUGAUGCUCUUGCCUUGUUGCAGCAAUUUUACUAGCCGAUGGGCGGCGUACUAAACUACGCAAACGGCGCGUCACAAACUUCACUUUCGUGAGUGUUGUACGGGGGGGCAGGGGUGGGGAUUUUCAUUUUGAUAAGCCCAGAGGAUCACCACAACGAGGACCAACACGACUCGUCGGAUGUCCGCUCGCAGCAUACGAGGGUCAAGGUCGAGCUCGCAGAGGGUACCAAGGUGCGGAUGGUGGGAGAUCAACAUGGUCAUUUUCCGCAAACUGGUGAUUGUCGCGGUGGUUCUCGCAGACGCGAGCGUGAUUGGUUGACAUUGGUACAAUUGGACCAGCCACAGCGGUAUGAAAAUGCUACUGGGGGAGGCUGGAUGUCAACAUCGCGCUUGUGGCUGCGUGAAUCUGCUUUCUCUUCGAUGCCGGAAAUCCCUUCGACGCCGGAUGGUGAAGACUCACCAGGCGGGGCUGAAGUCCGCGAGGCAUUGUUACGAGCAGAGCUGACGCGCCUCCGCAGCGAGCAAGUAAAAUUCUAUGAAUCUUCCGGCGAGGGGUGGAUGCGCGGGUUGCCGGCACCUGAUCCUAAAAGAUGA